AUGAGCUCCCACGAAUAUCCUUCCUCAAAUAUGAGAGCGCCACUAGCACAGGACGUGACAGCCAAUUUGCUGCCUUUGGUACCCAGACCGGAGGACAGAGGAAGGAGACGCUCGAGAUCGAAUGCGCUUUCGUACGUUCCGCGCGAGAUACCGCCAAGGUCACAUUUCCACCAUACGGAAUUUACGGCGAACCCUCACGCCCCAGCACAAUUUUCGCGGCGCCGCGAGCCCCAGUCAGACGAAGAGGAACGGGAAAGUGCGAGGGAGUCAAAGCGCUACGCUGGUAGUCGCGGUUUCAGCUCUAGUUCUAUCCCAACUCCACUACCGACGACCUCCAGGGCUGAACCAGCCUCCAGCUCUUCGUCUCCCCGCGGAAGCGCGUCCAGAAUGCCUGAUCUCGAAGGCCUCCGCAAAUUGCUUCAGAUGACCAAGAUACGCAAGGCUCCUGGUCCUUCGCCAGAGGAAGUCGUCUCCACGCCCACGAACGCCCAUUCGCAAUCAAGCGACAUCCCCCAGACAAGGCCUCGCACGAACUCCGAGCCCGGCCCACGAGCCUCCGCAGGGAGGAGAAUGGUGGCAAAGCACGUCGUGCCUUAG